UAUUGGCCAAGUGAAAACGGAAAAGCCUGCUUGUUGACAAGAGGGAGCGGGAGAGAAAAUUAGGCAGCCUGACCCCGCAAAAUGUCGACUGGAGGUUGAGAAUGGUCGCCUCAGCAACCAUACCCAUCCUCUGGAAACACAUCACCCGUAAAUUCACGACAACUAGUGCGCCAUUUCCAGGCAUCGGGCUUCGACGAGGCCAAACCAAUUACAGCACUCUGAGGAGACCCCUGCACACGGCAUGCUUGGAUGUGAAGCUGUGCCGCUGUAUCAAGAUGGUGGCUGCCCUGCCCAACUCAAGGCUUAGCAUUGGAAUUCCACUGGCAUUCCCGACUGGCAGUCUCCACGGUAUCAAUCCGAGGGCAAUUACUUUGAUUGGUUAAGACUGGAGCAACAGCACCUAUAGAUAUAUACAUACAUGCGUGUACUUAUAUGAAACUUUGCAGGGUGCCUCAGGCUGAAGCCAUGCGGGUUGUAGAGGCUCAACUUGCCACAAAUCUUUGGAGUAAGGGCUGCUUGCAUCAUCCUCGCCUGACAUCAAAAGGAAUAUAGAGCCUGAUGAGAGUCCGGUGCUGAAACGCAACCCUAAAACGGGUGGCCAUUUUGAUUUUUGGAAACACUGCUCCAAAGUGUUCUCAUGCAUAGAGGACUCAACACUCCAUCUGGGUAUUAAAGAGAUAACUUUUUUCUGGGAGUCCAAAACAGCCCUUCCGAAACCCUCUACUAAACUUCACCAAGGAGUCUCUGAGUCCAUCCGAGUUAUCUACAGUCAAGAGGAAGCAGCAGCCAAAUAACCGACAGAACUAUGGCUGCCGAGAGCCUCGUGGAGCUUCGCGAUUGGCUGUUCCUGAUUCUCUUGUGUCUGACAUUGUUAGUUGAGGUCUUGGAGUUUGCUGCGGCAACGGCGGCUGUUGCCGAGGCGGUUGCGCAGGACGGAGAGUUCCAGGGGGAGGUGCCGUGCCCCUCGGCCUGUCGCUGCGAUGACAGCUUUGUUUACUGCAAUGACCGAGGCCUGAGCAUCAUUCCGCCACUGCCUUUAACAGCCGCGGUGCUCUACCUUCAGAAUAACCGCAUUGAUAAUGCUGGAUUGCCGACAUCCCUAGAGCGACGAAUGACUGUACGAGUUAUUUACCUUUAUGACAAUGAACUGGAUGAUUUCCCAAAGCAUCUACCCCCAUCGCUUCGAGAACUACACCUGCAGGACAACAACAUACGAACGCUACCGCGUGCUGCCCUAGCUCGACUACCACUGCUUGAAAAAUUACACUUGGAUGACAACUCAGUAUCAACAGUGAGUAUAGAAGACAAAGCAUUUGCUAACAACCCACGAUUGCGACUCCUAUUCUUGUCACGCAACCAUUUAUCUAGUAUUCCUUCGGGUUUGCCAGCAUCUCUAGAGGAACUAAGGCUUGAUGACAAUCGCAUAUCAACUAUCCCCACCCACGCUUUCCGUGGACUGUCAUCCUUGAGGCGUCUCUUUCUGGACGGCAAUUUGUUGGCGAAUCAACGGAUUGCUGAUGAUACUUUUGCACGCCUCGCCAACCUGACCGAGCUCUCACUGGUCCGCAACUCCCUCCUGACGCCGCCGUUGAAUCUGCCCAGCUCCCACCUGCUCCGCCUCUACCUCCAGGACAACGCACUGGCACAUAUGCCCCGUGGGUCCCUGGACGGCAUGAAGAGGCUGCAGAAGCUUGACCUGUCAGGCAACAACCUCACCACCCUCCCCCGGGGCCUUUUCCGAGAUCUGGAUAGUCUGUCGCAGCUGCUGAUGCGUGGGAAUCCGUGGUACUGUGGCUGCAAUCUCCGCUGGCUGUACGACUGGCUCCACAUGCGAGGCGCAUCCGUGACGGUGAGGGGUUUAGCUUGCCACAGCCCCGAGCGAGUGCGAGGGCAAUCAUUAAAGGAGCUCACAAGUGAGAUGAAGUUAUGCGAGACGGCAGGGGAGGGUGGAGUGGUUGGAGGGGGCGGAGGCGGAGGAGGAGCAGCGGGCAAAGAGAAAAGUGGAGUUCUUCCAACGCAGGCAGCCCCCACAACCACACGCAUGCCCCAGGGGUCACUAUUCACUCUCCGGUCCAAACAUCCGGGCCACAUCCCCGACCUGGUGCAAGACCACCUUGGUGAAAGUGGAAACAGUGAGGCUGGUAAAACACUGCAAGUUAAAGUCAAGCCACUCACACCAGAAACAAUCCACAUCACAUGGACUGCAGCGCAACCAGCCCCAUCGUUCCGACUUUCCUGGUUGCGACUGGGUACAAGUCCUGCCAUGGGCGACAUUACAGAGACAUUAGUUCCCGGUGAUCGCAGAGAGUAUCUACUCACUCAGCUGCACCCACAGUCCAGUUAUAUCAUCUGUAUAGUACCCCUUUUCGUAAACGAGGGCAAAAGCUCUUCCCUUUCCUCAACAAACUUGAACAAGGACCAUGAGCACCCAGCGUGUGCCAAGACUGAGACAUCAGAUCUCACAAGACAGUCAGAUCAGGAUGGGACAGAUCAGGGAACAGACCAGUUUGCAGCCCUUCCAGUAGCUGGGAUUAUUGGGGGUGCCACAGCACUGGUCUCGCUGCUCCUAAUUUUUGGCAUCUUUUGUUGGUAUGGCCAUCGGGUGGGGUACCUGGCAGCCAGCGAACAGUCCAUGUAUGGGAGGGGAGAUGUAGUCAACAGUCGUGCCAGUGGCAAACAUUAUGAUGACUAUGCUGAGUCGGGCACGAUAAAGGACACCUCAAUCUUAGAAAUCAGGGGUCCUGGUUUCCAGAUGACACCAAUGGCAGCGCACCAGCCGCUGCAGCCCAAGGCUAAAUGUGAGGACAUGACCUACAUUCACACCAUCUUUCCAUCAAACAACACGACUCUCUACAGGAGCACCCAAAACCACACAGCCAAUUCAGGUUAUGGGACCAACCGUGGGUACAGGGAGAGAGGUAUACCAGAUAUAGAUUACACAUACACGUGAUAGCCACUUACCCUCACCACCUCUCCCUGUUCCCUUUUACAGAUGUGUCUGUUACUGGGGGCAGCCCUUGGAUCCAAAGUAGGAGUGUGCCGGCAAUGUCUUCGUUUGUUUGAUAUACAGAUACAUACUCAGUCCUUGAUCCAAUAGUUAGUCGAAUUCAAAUCCGAGAACAUGAGAAGUUGAUCAUAGUGAUUCAGCCCACAUUAUUUUUUAAAUCUAUUGAUUUAAUUUUUAGAUAUAUAUUGCUAAUGAAGAAUAUUUCCACUCUUAAACAUUGCCUAGAGCUGCAAAACCAGAGAUGAACAGUUAAAUUGGCCCUGCUCCUUCUGUUUUUUUCCCAGCUGAUGUUAAUUCAUCCGCAUUCAUUUAAGGAGCCGCAUGUAUAACUAUUUACUGAAACAGUUGUUCUGUUGCCCAGCAACAGCUCGACUGAAGCAUAAGGUAAAAUUUGGCAAGCAUACUGCAAAAACUGAUUUUCAAUAAUGCAUUAAGGUCAGAUUGUAUGCUUUAAAGAAGAAUGAACCCAACACUUUUUCACUCUUAUCUCUCAAACUGUCUCAUGACUCAUGCGUCACACAUUUUACAAUAUGCAUAGAAUUUUGUAAAGACUGAUUGAAGCCUGGAUCUCUAAGAAGGACACAUUUCAGCCCCCUCUAAAGAUGUCUUUUGUAUGUUUGAGAUGUCUCAGCAUCUAUUACCGUUCUUUAUUCUGAGAUCGCCAUUAACUCGUCUUUGAACUGUGCUCGGCACACUCCUAUUCCAAAGCACCCUUUGUGCCUCCUUGACAAAUGUUUCCAAGUAAUCUGUUACUCAACAAAAAACUGGGGCUAGGACCACACUGAAUUUGCUAGUCAUGUCUACCAGAGUGACUGAAGUGCCAGAGAUAUCAGUCUUGGUAUUGACUGUAACCAAUAUUUCAAUGCUACGUUUUUGUUUGCAUUGCAGUUUCAACCAAGGUCUUUUUAUCCCUCUCCCCUUUUAAUAUAUCUCACUUUAAAUGGGUCUAGUGGCUAGCAUGACAGCGGUUAUGGGUUAAUAGAAGGUCAAAAUGUGUAUAGAUCUAGCUUUACUAUCUGUAUAGCUUUACUGUACUUUAUAUAAGCGCUAGCCAGAAUGAUUUCUCUCUCAAAUCUUGAGAACGUUGACUGCAACAAAACAGGGUUGGGGGAGUCAUAUUCCAUUCCUGAUCCAAGAUUCUAGGUUUCACCCCUCCCCCCUUCACUUUUUUCUUUAUUCUCUCAAUUUCUUUUGAGCGCAGCGAGAGGACUUUGUUCCCUGCCGGAGGAGCUGACAGGGGUGAUAACGGUUUCGACAGUGACAGAACUCAAAUUGCUUAUGGAGUUUCUUUCUGCAUAAUGAGAGACAAAGAGACAGACACAGAGAGCAGUCAACAACUGACAGAGGAAGAAGGGGAAGAGAUGUUUCCUGCUUAAAUAUCAGGCGUUCGUUAAGCAAGUACCCCACUUUGCAGGAAUACUAAUCACUUCUAAAAGGUUACCAUGGGGUGAUGGAAGUUGUUUGUUUUUAUUGUCAAUAACUAAUAAAUAUAUAGUGGAGCAACCGUUAUUUUGUGAUCUCACUGGAAGAGAGAACAUUCCAGAGAACAAAGGCACCUAAAGACAAUCAUAUCGGAAGGGCAUUUUCUAAGUGACAAUUAAACUGAAAGAGACAAGUGGACAGUGACAUAGUUUAAUAGGUCAGAGAGAGAGAGAGAGGGAGCUGACCAAAUGCAAGUUAUUGGGUAGCAGGGUUGUCAAAUCAGUUUGCUGAGCUGGACAUUGAGUUAAUAAACACCAACAACAAAGAAAUAAAUAAUUUUGGACGUUUGAGAAUAAAGCUUUAGGGCUUAAAUCUGCGUUCUUAUGGAGUAGAGAGUGACAUAUCAGGGAUAUACAGACUUAACACCGUAACACUGUGGAUCUCUACAUUGCAUUUAUAAAUGGUUUAAUAAACAGAGUUAGGUUAAAUGAAUGUGGUUCUAGGCAUUUUAGAAAAGCUUGGUCACUGGAGCAACAAUGAUGGCAUGGAGUACAAUUAAUGUGAUACAGGAGAAAAGAGGAUGGGGAGGGAUGAAAAGUAGAAUUUAGUGGUUUUAUUUCUAUCACAUUUCCUGGUUUCUCUUCAUUUAUCUGAAAUGUGAAAAUUGAAGACAAGUGACUGGCGUCUCUCGCACCCUUUAUCUUUGUUGCAUUUCUUCUAUUACAAAUAAAUCAAGCGUGGAAAAAAGUGUCUGUCUGGAAUGUCUGUGUACCAUUAAAAAGGAUCUGUGCCGACUCUCUGUAGUGAUGGGUCUCUUACAAGGACAUGGUACAGGAUAACACACUCAAAUACACUCACUCACUAUAAAGCCCCAAAAAAAGUAAUGGGAAAUUGUUGAGUGAAAUGUGAAAAUGUGUGUAAACUCUAUUGCAUUUGCAAGGAAAAGCUGUGGAAUCGAUCAGUGUGUGUGCAAUGAAGAAACCUCACUGGGAGAGGCAUGCAAGGCUGU